UUAUUCCGGAAUUUUAUCCCACCAUAUUCCGAUUUUACUAAAACCGGAAGUUUUUGUCACGUGACAAUACCCCGCCUAGAUGCCGACAUGAUGCUGUGCAGCAUGCGUUGAGCUCUGUGAUCACUGAUGCAUGGCUGUAAUAUUUGUUGCAUGAUAAGUGGAAAUCAUGACAAAAUAUCACAGGAAAGAAGAUGGAAAUGAAAUUAGAAAAGCUCUUGGUCUUGACAAGGACCAGUGCUUGUUUUGUCUCCAAUCAGAAGACAAUGAGGAAAAGUUUGGAAGAAAGAUCAAAAAGUUUGGAUUGACAAUCCAUUAUUUUUGCAUGUUGUUUGCAAGUGGCUUAAGCCAGAGAGGAGAUUCUGAUGAAGAUGGCAUUUCUGGGUUCUUGCCUGCUGAUGUACUAAAAGAACUUAAAAGAGGUCUAAGACUAAGAUGCACAUUUUGUAAACAAAAGGGAGCAACUAUUGGUUGUGUGGUAGGAAAGUGCAGAACAGUGUUCCAUUUCAGUUGUGGAAUAAAUGGAAAAACCCUGCAUCAGUUCUUUGACACAUUCAGUUCUUACUGCCUGGAACACCGACCCCAGCAGACACCGUGCCCAGAUACCCAGGAGGCGGAGGUGUCCUGUGCUAUCUGCAUGAACUCUGUGCUUAACACGCCGUGUCCUGACACUCUAAAGUCCCCAUGCUGUAGAGGGUCCUGGUUCCAUAGGAUGUGUAUACAGAAACAUGCAACAACAGCUGGGUUACACUUCUUUAAAUGCCCGCUGUGUAACAACAAGGAUCACUUCCAGGAGGAGAUGUUGAGGAUGGGAGUCCACAUCCCAGACCAAGACGCAGCCUGGGAGACGGAGCCCAAUGCCUUCACAGACCUGUUGGAGAGGUACCUUCACUGUGACGCCAAGAAGUGUGAGUGUGACAAAGGACGGGACUACAACAAAGAUGGAGGGAAGUGGGAGAUUUUGGUUUGUGACUGGUGCGGGUCUACUGGGUCCCAUGUAGGGUGUCAGAACAUCAUCAAAGUUGGCCCAGACGACUACAUGUGUCCAGACUGCUAUGAAAUAGAGAAAAAAUGGAAUAAUGGCAAUGGAAUCAAAAAGAAAAAGACAGGAAAGAAAAUGCUUCCAUCUCCACGAGCAAACAAGCGACUUGUAGACACAGCCCUUGGAAACAAAGGUAAAAGUGAAUACCAACAGCAAGCCAAAGGCUUUAGAAAAUUAAAGGCGUCAGCUUCACAGUUUGAAGUGUUGUCUGGAGAUGAAUGUUCCAGUUCAGAAACCUCUUUAGUGCUUAGUCCUGGAAACAGUCUGUCAGAUUUCAGUGCUGGGGUGUUUGAGUCACCAGGAAAACAUGAGAGUAUCAUAUCACCAAUGUCGCUGUCCAAGUGCAGUGGAAAAUCCAGGGUUGUAAACAAGGAGUUGAAGUUUGUGCCAUCAGCAGCUACCUCUAAAAAGCACUCCGUGAGUAAAGCUGUUGACCUGCAAGAUGAAGAGGUGGAUGUCGUGGGAGUAGAUAAUAAAUGCGAGUCUUUAGCUGCAUCACUAAAGAAGAAGGCUUCUCCAGGUUCUGCCUCUCAAACAAAAGCAAAGGGCUAUGUGUAUCUAGAUGAUGGGACAAAUUCCAUGGAGGAGACGAGAGAAAAGAGGAGGAUGAAGAGGAAAAAGAAGCAGCAAGAAAGCAUUCGUAAGCUGUUGAGGUUGGACAUAGACAUGACAUGGACAGAUGUGGACUCGUCGGAUUCUGAAUCAGAGUCGAGGCCUAAGAAAUUAAGGAGAAGAAACUCGGUAUUCUCUAGCAGCAACGUGGACUCGCAAGGGGAGACAAGGAGGAAAUCAAGAUCAAAGGCUUCAGCAACAGUGACUUGUAGCUCUGAGGACCAGAAGAAAGACUUCUCUGCUGGAUAUAACAUUGAUGAUGCUGAACCUGCUGUGAAUAGAUCAGGGUCAGGCUCUCAGAAAAUUCAAUUGACUUUUUCCCAGUACAACUCAUCCAUUGUUGAUGAUGGUGCUAAAAAUGGAGUUUUAAAACGGCUAUUACAAGAACCCAAAAUCUCUCUAGAUCAAAAUGUAGAUGUUUGUUUCAAUGAAAAAAUUAUUCCUGGUAUUGUACCCAAGGACAGUGCUUCUUACAAAAAUGCAACAGGAACACUUAUGAAUGGAAAGUUGGGUCUGAAGAGGUCUUCAAAUGAAAGGUCAGGACAGGUAGGGAGAGGCAGGAAAACUUCCAAAGGGAAAUUAAAAUAUAAAAUGAAUCCCAACCAAAUGCUGAUUAAACAGUGGCUGGAAAUAGGCAAUGAAAGGCCAAAAGUGGAGAAAAAAGAGUUUUCCCCUGAUACUGGCAACACCAGAAGCGGAGAAAAACCGAAGAAAACCACCCUCAAAAUCAGAUUUAAAGGUAAAACUUUUAUUAUGAUGAAUCGUCAUAUUAGACCAAGCACUUCCUUUAAGGAAAACUUGGAGGCAGGAGAGAACACUUCUGACCAAGGCUGUUAUUCAAUGUCACCAAUUAAAGAUGGUAAGAGGUGGCGGCAAACGAAAGGGCAAGAGAUAGUUGAUCCACUAGCUAGUCCGCCUGAUGGGAUAAAGGAGUCUAUGGAGCUGUGGAGAGAAGCCAAAAAGAUGGUGUAUACAGAGAGGAAAAGAAGUACUAGUAUUUUGGAGCAUAGUUUUGUCAAAUCGCCUAGAACAUUCCCAAAAAAGAAGCGAUCUCGACUAGAAUCUCUGAUCAGAUUUCCAGAUGAUACCAUCACCACUUACGAAGAGCAACACAUUUACUCCAAUCUGAAUGUGAAGUGUUCCUUAGCUGACAAGUUUGAAUACUGUGGGAGAAAAACGAAAAACAGUGACUCUAAUUCUAUGGAUAUGUCAACCCUGACCUUUAUUGAUGCUCACUCUCUCCUGAGUGAUGGGGAGGUGUCCAUGCCUAAGUUGUCCCCAAUAGAAAUGGAGGAUGGGGUCCUCAUUAUGCCAGACAAGAACAGGGAUGACCCCCAGGUCUCGCCCGUGGGGGACACUCACCACUGCAUGGUAGUGAACCUACAGCCCAGACCAAUGGACAUUCACAAGAGAGCAGGGAGUCUGUCUCCCUCCACUACAAACAACAGCGAGACCAGCUUGUCGGACGAAGAGAGGAUCACAGGGGUAGGGUCCUACCCGACCAGACUAGCCAUCACACGCAGUAUGUCCGAUGUCAAGUGUUAAAAUAGCCUUCACACGCAGUAUGUCUGACAUCAAGUGUUAAAAUAGCCAUCCUACGCAGUAUCUUUGAUGUCCAGUGUUAGGAAUAGACAUCACACAUGCUGGUAAUAUAUCCAACAAUCAGUGUUAAGAAAGCCAUCACACGCAGUAUGUCCAAUGUCAAGUGUUAAAAUAGCCAUCACACGCAGUAUGUCCAAUGUCAAGUGUUAAAAUAGCCAUCACACGCAGUAUGUCCAAUGUCAAGUGUUAAAAUAGCCAUCACACGCAGUAUGUUUGACAUCCAGUGUUGAUCUAUAAGCAGAAAAAAAAUUGAAAUGUUACAUAUUUAUGUUUUAUUGAAUGCUAAUUUCUUUACCGUCGGUUUAUCUCUGAUCUUUUCAAAGAAUGAUACAAUAUAACGUGAAUAUGUUUUAUUGAAUGCUUACUUGUCAGAUCCUUUUUUUUUUUCUAAUUCAGAUUAAUAAAGCAUGUUUCCUUUUCUGAACCUACAUGUACAUUGAAUCAAAUGGUCUUUUGAAGUUCAUCAUUUUAUGUACAUCGUGUUGAUUUAAUAAUUACGUAAAAUGCAUUCUUAGGAUUGAUAUUUGAUGAUAGGCUAGUUCUGCUUUUGGGGUUUGAAUGUUUAAAGUAUGGUAGAUAAUGUAUACUGUGUAUACACCAGUAAUGUGUUCAAUAAACAUGUGUAUAGCUUGUAUUGAUCAAAUAUUGGAUUUUGAAUGAAUUAUUAUCCUAUUGUUAUACUUCAUGAAUUUUCUUCGCAACUUUAAUUUUUGUAAUUUAAGGAAUUGGGUUGUAGAAAUAAAAAAUAUUUAUUCUGAAGGCUUAAAAUAAAUAAAUAGAAUUUUGAUUAUCAAAUUUUUUUUUAAAGGGAUAGUAAGAUUCCUUGUACAAUGCAUGGAUGUUUUCUAGAGGCCCUGUGCAGUAUAUGUGAUAUGCACCUUGCAAGCUUCUUAUAACAACAUGUUCAUGUAAAUUUUUAAAUUUUAUUGAUUUUUCUUUUAUCUGUCAUAUAAUUGUAUGUAUACCUGUGUACAGAUUGGACAGUUAAAGUGAUUUUUACAUCAACUAGAUAUUUUUGUGUUAUAUGUUAAUUACUAAUGUUACAAAAAAACAAACCUGCAUUUUGAAUUGGAAUCUUGGAUAAAUCAUUCCCCUUUAAUGAG